UUUCCAUUGGGGCUCGAUCUUCGUCCAUGGUUGCUAAGGCACAGAACAGCGGUUGCUAUCGCUCGUGUUGCCGGAAGCACAGUACAUUUAGCAAAGUGGAAGACGGUGGCCGUAGUCCACAAACCUUCCUCGAGAUGAACGCAAAAGUGUCGAAUUUCAUCAUCCAGACCCUGUGUGACUACCAAGGCAGUUUGGACUUCAGGGUUUUGACUGGGAAAGUGGAACAGACGUUUCCUGUUGAGGCGCAAGUCCUUCACCGUUUUCUUACGGACGAAGCCAGAAUAGCAGUGCAUAAUGGCAUCCUGGCCGUCGCUGCGGGUCAGAUAUGCAGCCAGGACAGUGUCAUUGUGGCAAAAACGUCGCUACGGAUCUGCCAGAAGAAACCUGGCGAGUGUUUGCAGUGUGAGAGUUUGCACCUGUGCAAGUUUUAUGUGUUGGGGACCUGCACGUUUGGAUUGAAAUGUAAAUGUCCACACAACUUGACUUGGCCGCACAAUGUAGAGCUGUUGAAGAAACAUGACCUCCUACACCUUUCAGAAAAACAACUGUUCCAAAUGUUAUUACAGAAUGACCCCUACCUUCUUCCGGAGAUAUGCUCACAUUACAAUAUGGGCGAAGGUGUCAGCGGUUUGUGCAAGUUCACCUCUACGUGCCACAAGCUUCAUAUCUGCAAGACCCAUUUCACCACAGGAGUCUGUAAACUAGGCCCAUCGUGUUCCAGAAUCCAUGAUCUUAAUCCAAAGGCGCACAAGAGUUUUGAAAAAUUCAGCCCAGAGAUGAUUGCGAGUCUCCCAAAAGUCUACAAAAAUAAAAGCAUGCUCGCGGAUGAUCAGAAGAGUCGAGCUAAUGCCGCUCCUGAGUAUAGAGGUGCUGCUGUGUCAGUGGGUGCAACUAAGCCGGCGAGGGAUUCUGACACAAAGGAAAUUUGCCUCUUCUUCCUCAAAAAACAAUGCAUCUAUAAAGAGAAAUGUCGCAGUGUCCACUGGCACUUACCAUAUAGAUGGCAAGUUUUGGACAAGGACGGUGUGACCUGGAAAGACCUGAGCGACAUGGAGGAAAUUGAGAAGGCCUACUGUGACCCAGCAAGAGAGUCAAGCAUCGAACACGAGACGUGCACUGUUGCAAAAUUGAAAAACUGGAUUCUCAGCCACCCCAUAGCCACUGGAAUGCUAUCAGUUGACUUCAUGAGUAUGACUUGCAACGGCUCUCCUGUGCGUCGCCUGUCGACAGCCUCCUCUGUAACGAAGGCCUCUCACUUUAGUCUGACAACGCAGUGGCUCUGGUACUGGAUGGAGAGCAUUGUCAAAUGGCAGGAGUAUGGUCAGAGCCAAGUUAAGACGCCAGACUCUCUCACUUCUGAAACGCUGGAGAAAUUUUACUCGGUCGACCAAAAGACACAAAUAUCUUUCACAACUGGCGGACAGCAAUAUGUGAUGUACUUCAAAAAUGAAGCAGGAACUCUGCAGAUGUAUCAGGAAAAUAUCAAAUAUUUAACCAAGCGGGAGGUCCGAAGGAGGCCUCGCUUUGUGUCCUCCAAAGAUGUGGAGGUCAUGCUGACCAGCUCCGGGUCUUUGACUGAACAAUGCCCUCCCCAUUGGGACAAGAAUGCCCUGCCUGACACUGGAUACAAGCUCGUGCCUCUUCCCAAAUCUCCAGAGUACAACAGGAUUGAAUGUUUGUUCAAGGCAACAAUGCCACAGAGUAGGAUCCACAGUAUCAACAGGAUCCAGAACCCUUUGCUGUGGACAUCCUUUCAGCUGCACAGAGAUCAGAUGAAGAAGAGGAAUGGAGGGAAGCCUGUCAUUGAGCAGUACUUGUUCCACGGGACAAACGAUAACUUGAUCGCAGCCAUCUGCGAGCAAAACUUCGACUGGAGGAUGAGCGGCGUCCACGGCACCACCUUUGGCAAAGGAAGCUACUUUGCCAAACAGGCUUCUUACUCAAACCGCUACGCCACUGUCAGAAAUGGGAACAAGAGUAUGUUUGUGGCCCUGGUCCUGGUUGGCGAUUACAUCAAGGGAAGCAGCCAGUAUACCCGUCCACCGGCCAAACCAAUGAGCCUAACCCUUUACGAUAGCUGCGUUGAUGACGAGAAAAACCCCACUGUUUUUGUGAUCUUUGAACGUCAGCAGAUUUAUCCGGAGUACAUUAUUCACUACUCUGAGUAGCAAUAGCAGCUGUUGCUUAAGGUGAUUCGAGAGGUUUUGUCUUCCAAUGAUUGUGGUGUUUCCACUGAGAGCUUUGGUUAUCCCAGGACCAACAUUAGUUUUAAGAGUUCAUCAAAAUAACAAAGGUUAAAACAUAUAUACUUUCUUGGCUUAAGUAAAAAAUAGUCACUAAGUACAACAAAGCGCAGUACUUGAUCCUUAAGACUUGGGAAAGUUGUGAAUGUAACUAAGCAUUUCUUUCAAAUAACACACAAAAGUACUUUACCAAGACAUAAUCCAUAUAAACCAGACAUAUCAAAUUUGGGACAUAACAAAUCUGGCCCUAACUAAAUGAAGGUAAUGCUGUCUGAUCACAUUCUGAAUUGUCACACAGGUGCAAGAAAAAGUUAACCAUUGACAUUGACAGAGACUUUGCUUCUGAUGUCACUUUUUAGGGCUGCUGCUCCUUUAAGAGUGAGUACAGAAAAAGCUAAAUUAAAUAUGUGCAGGGAUGAUAUUUUGAUAUCUGAACUAAAUUAGUAACCAGAGUAGCAAUCCAAUUUGGAAAAAAAUGUGAGUCUUGGAAAAAAAAAAUCUAAAUUGAUCCAAAAUCAUUCUUUUAAAGCCAUCUGAAACAAGACCUGCUAAAUACUGUACACUCAAAUGUUGUGUUGAGGGUGUCCAACUUAGGGUUUUCAAUACACAGUGUUUAUUUGUUGGGCAAAUAAAAUGUGAGUUUCUACAUUGUUGAAU